UGCAGUUGUUUCACGUCAAAACAAUCCGGAAGACGAUACAGCAUGACGGAACUGUUGUUGGAGCUGAGACGAGGUCAAGGCUGAAUUAAUAACAUUACUGCUUUAGGCACGGUGCUGGAUCUUAAUAAUGUUGUUGAGCAGGAGACAAACAUAGCGACUGAAGCGAAUAUUGUCCUCUGUGUGUGGUGAGUCUGAAGAAACUCCGUCCAGCCUCGCGUCUUGGAUUCAAAGUCCAUGUUUAGAUACCCCAGCACAUCUAGAUCUUAAAGUGUUAGCUCAUCGCAGACUGCUCCAGAGUCACCAUGGGCAAUGGAAUGAAUAAGGUCGUCGAUGGGCUCUACCUUGGGAAUAUAAGAGAUGCAGAAAACAGAGAGAGUCUGUCUAAGAAUGGCAUCACCCACAUCCUGUCGGUGUACAACAAUGCAAAACCCGUGUUUGAGGACAUGACAUACCUUUGUAUACAUGCAGCUGAUGCUUCCAGCCAGAACCUAUUACAGCACUUUAAAGAGUGCAUCAGCUUCAUCCAUGAAUGUCGCCUGAAUGGUGGAUCAUGUCUUGUUCACUGCCUUGCAGGUGUGUCCCGCAGCACCACCAUGGUGGUGGCUUACCUGAUGACUGUCACCCAUUACAACUGGGAGGAGUGUCUGUCCGCAAUCAAGGCUGUCCGCUCCUUCGUCGGCCCAAACUAUGGCUUCCAGCAGCAGCUGCAGGAGUACCAGAGGACACAAGUUGCAGAGUAUCGAGCAUGGUUACGUUCCAGUUUCCGUCCCAGUCCAUUCAAUGACCAGGAGCAGGUGGGUGCCCUGCUGAGCCAGUACACAGAGCAACAGGAGAGCCAGAGGAGAGGAGCAGACCAGCGCUGGAUUAGUCACGGUGUAGGUGUCUGUGCUCUGCCGUCCGACCCUGAUGAUGCUGAGGGCAGCAGCUGAAACAUGGGCCUCUGAUCAUGCUAACGUCCUGCCCAGUGCUGUCUGUAAAUGGCAGUCACUAUCUUUCUGUACUCAAUUCCAAAUCAACCCCAAGUUCUAUCCAACUUUAAGGCCUUUGUACAACUCUGAAAACAUAGGAUAAAGUAACCCCCCCUUAAAAGCCAAUCAUAUCUUUCAUACUUAAUUUGCACCUGUCUACUCAUUGUUAAUCACUGGAGGUUGAUUUAGAAUUGGGCUACAGACUCUAAUCCACUACCAAUACCUUCCUUGUUCCCUUAACUAAGUACAGCCACAACUGGGGUAUCGGUGCUCACAGACGCCUUACUCUAAACACCUCAGCACCUUAGCCAUGAUGAAUAAACAACACUUCUGUGUGGACUCUUUACACCUGCAAUGUUCAGCUCAGUAGCCUUAAAGAAGAGACUGAUUAAUGCUGUCUUAAAGGAACAUUUUGUCACUAAUUAUGUGGAUGUGAAAUCCAGAAAUCUACAACCAAUUUGAUGCCAAUUAUUCUGAGCAGUUAUUCUGACAAAGACCAAUUUGCAGUCUCUUAAUGGUAUACUCUUUAAACACUGCAGAUGGCGAAGUUGGCAUGUUUGCCGAGCUGACAGUAUAGAACUUAAUAUGUACAUCCUGCUGAGAGCAAGCACCGCUUGCCUGUCAAAUGUUAAAACACUAUCGACAUUGCACACACUAGUAAAAUGCACAAUACCCAAACAAUAGACAUGGUGUUGUCAGCAAAUAUGCUAGCCACUUACAGAUAUAAUAGCAAUAAAUAUAUUAACAGUACACCCUGUUGGAUGCUCUUCACUCAGUCCACUGGUACUUUUGGUUUCAUAUUUGAAGAAAAUUCCAAGCUGUCAACACACUAUAUGUACCAGUGUCUGUAACAGAAUCCAGCACCAACCAUCUACAGAGGAAUUUAGUCACUUGAUAUCAAUUAAUAUUACUGGGUAAUGGGAGAGGAAAAGCUGUUAGUCAGCUCUGUCAUUUCCCAGCAACUCUGUCCCAGCCAACACACCUGUUGCUGAGUUAUCUCUAUAAACAGAUAUGAGUGUAUGUAUGUGGAAUCUGUAGGCAACAGGACAACAUUUUUGUAUCAGAAGCAGUUUGUUUUCCAUUUGUAGAGUAGUACUGACCAAUCAUGUUUGAGCUGCAGGUAAACAGUCAGUGUGAGGAGGUGGAACCUUUGAAAUAGAAUAAGAGUAGAACAGACAUUCCCAUUAAAAUCAACUUAGCAGGAUCAUCAGAGAGGCCAUUUUUAUUUGUACUGUACGCUGUCAUUGCAACCGUUGUAGCGAGCUAACUUCUGUAUAACCGUAUUUCUUUGUUGCCAUUAAUUGCAUGUUUCUCGAAACAUGAUGUAGCUGCCUCUGAAGAAUGAGUGACAGCAGGCAGCUGCUCUGCAGACAGCUGAGAGGCACAGAGAGACCACAGGGAUAAAGAGUGUGUAGAUCCAGCAUAUUUUCACACCUAACUUUGUGAAUUAAGGGUUUAUUUCAACCAAACCAGAGUUGGUGAUUGCUGGAAAGGUAGACUAACUUACCUAAACUAAGACAGUUUUGUUGAAUAUUUUUUUUGUUUUUGUUAAGUUUGAAUAAUGUGUGUUUUGAGCUGGUCUUAGUUUGAUGAAUGAGAGAAACUUGGAUUGUUGUACGGUUGCAUUUUUUCUGUUUAAGAAGGAAAAUAGGUGUCAGAAUAGGCCAAAACAGAGUUCUCAGACUAGUGGGUGUGACAUAGUUUAUGGCCCCAAUGACGUGUCGUCAACUACUAACAGCAAUUGGCAUUUUCUUUUAAACUAGUCAAAUGACCAUAGCAAACAGUUAAAUGUCCUUUCUAUUCAUUCUGUUUCUAUGGGCAGAAAGCAUUAGCCGAAAUGCAAUCUCCGAACCCAUUGGUUAUUGUUUGAUGAUUUAGCUUUAUAUUAGCUUUCUCUUUCAAAAUUCAUGUGCAUUCAUAUGCAGAUAUCUGUUUAUAGAGAUUAGCCAAAAUGAUCGGUGCAUGGAAGAGGAAGGGUUGGCUCGAAUACCCGCUAGCCACGCCGGGUCUCUUGAAAUGUUGUCCGUUGCCCCCAGAGGCUUAUCGUCGUCAAAUGGAUAGCCGAUGGGUUCCAGGAUUGUCCCAUAUUAGGCUGAGACAAAAGAAAAAAGUACAUCAUCCAAACCCUUCGUAGCUUGUCCACUGUCAACUGAUAAAAUAGAUAAAAUAAACCAGGGGUGACAUUUGUUAGUAAACUAGGCUGCUUUAACCAGAGUUGCAGCAAACACUGUUUGGCCACUUAAAGACAUGCAGCUAGGAAUGACAUAUGGAGUUUUAAAAUUGGCAAAAUGUUCUUUUAAGUAAUACAUAGCAGGUUUAACUGGGAAGCUACAUUAAGUGUUUGAGUAAAACUGUAACUACAUAUGAAGGAUCUCUGCAGUCCAAAUGCUAAAGUCUUCCUGAUUUUACUGAAGCUCUGAUUUGUCUUUUUAUUGUGACAAAGCUGAUUUUGUAGGUCAUUUCUGUUGUAGAUUCAUGGGUACAGUUAAUUGUUGUAAUUGUGUAUUUAUGGUGUUUUUUGUUUGUGUUUUAUAAUAAAAUGCAGUGAUUGAUGAAACCUAUGGAAAUGCUAAUAAAUCUGUGCUAUCAACAUCA